AUGGACCCCGACGAUCAGGAAAGACAGACUCUGGCAGAUGAGGCUGAUCGGGAAACUAUCAAAUUAUGGAGAGCUUGGAGGACUGUCCACGAAAUGUGCCGCGACCGUGGCUAUGAGCUUUCUGACGACGAGCUUCUCAUCCCGCUCGACAAGUUUCGGGCAGACUACAGCGAUGCCAGUGGUGCUAUAGAUCGCAAAAAGAUGACUACCACCUUCAAACCCACAGACGCUAUGCUACGGAAAUACACUGUCCCAGCUACAUCCAAACAACCGGAUCCCCAGCCUCAGAUCGGUACAAUAUGGAUAGAAUUUCAUCAGGAUUCUAACAUUGGCAUAAAGCAGAUGCGACUCUUUGCCCAGCACGUUGACAAGCACAAUUUCUACACCGGCAUGCUUGUCACACAGUCGAGCAUCACUGCAUCUGCCUUAAAAAUUGUUCCGGCUGUGCUUCCAAUAAUCAUAGAGACAUUCCAGGAAUCAGACCUCCUAGUGAACAUCACCCGUCAUGAGCUGGUUCCUAAGCAUGUUCUGCUGAGCCCGGAAGAGAAGCAAAAGCUUUUAGAAAGAUAUAGACUGAAAGAGAGUCAAUUGCCAAGAAUACAGACUGGUGAUCCCGUGUCGAAGUAUCUGGGAUUGAGACGGGGUCAGGUGGUAAAGAUUAUCAGGAAGAGUGAGACUGCAGGAAGAUAUGCCAGUUAUAGGUGGACAAUCUGA